AAAGUGAAAAAGGUCUAAACUUUUUGGUAAAAGAUUGAUGUUUAAGCUACACUGCACACGUGCAUGUAUACUUUUUCUUUGUUCGACAAAUGUAAUCAUAGACAUGAAGAACAAGACAACAUAAAUGGAAUGACUGAGGUUCACUCAACUCAUCUCUGAUCAGAGGAAGAAGAAUGCUUCUGUUAGCAUCAUCAUCCCCUUCUCUUUCUCUUUCUCUUUCUCUUCCUUCAGUCUCCCACCUUCAUUAUCCUCUUCCUUCUUCAUUCCCUUGCCCUUCUCUCCACCUUCGUUUUCCUUCCCAAGCAACCCCACUUCGCCUCCAUACCCCACCACCCCUUUCUUGCUCCCUUAAUUCUUCUUCCUCCGUGGAACAAUCUUCUUCACUUUCUCAGAUGCAGAAUAGCUUGUUGUACUCCAGAGCUUAUUGGGUCACUGAAUUUCUCAUUGCUUGGAACGUGGAUGUUGCAAAUGAGUUUUCUUGCCAACUGAUUGCCAGCAAAAAUGCUUCUUUGACCAUUGCGAAUGGCCAAAUUCAAGGUGAGGAUUUGAAAGUUGAGCUUCAAGAGGAUAGAGCUGGCCUUUCUGCAAAUGUGUUGGAGAAAUUUCCACAUAUUCGAGGUUACAAAGCUUUCAAGCUGCCAUCCACUUUGGAUGUUAAACCUCUUCUUAAAUCCCAGUUAGCGGUUGCAAUUUAUGAUUCUGAUGAUAAAUGUAGGAAUUGUACUGGUUUACAGUUACCCGGUGUUUUAGAUGAGCUUUUCUCGUAUAAUGGUCCUCUUGGUGCACUUUUCUCAGAGGAAGCUGUGUCACUUUACCUGUGGGCGCCAACUGCUCAAGCAGUACGUGCUUACAUCUAUAAGGACCCAUCAGGAGAUGAUCCCAUAGAAAUUGUUUGCCUUGAGGAGGAAAAUGGUGUUUGGAGAACUAAAGGACCAAAAAGUUGGGAGCACUGUUACUAUGUUUAUGAAGUAUGUGUUUACCAUCAUAGCACUUUGCGGGUUGAAAAAUGCCAUGCAAAUGAUCCAUAUGCUAGAGGAGUUUCAUCCGAUGGGCGGCGGACUUUUCUACUUAAUCUUGACUCCGAUGAGUUGAAACCUGAUGGAUGGGAUGAUCUGGCAGAUGAAAAACCUACCAUACAUUGUUUCACUGAUAUAAGCGUAUAUGAAAUGCACAUAAGGGAUUUCAGUGCCACUGACCUCUCUGUGCAACCUGCAUUUCGUGGUGGUUAUCUGGCCUUUACAUUGCAGGAUUCUGCAGGUGUACUUCAUCUGAAGAGAUUAUCAAGUGCCGGUAUCACUCACGUCCAUCUAUUGCCAACAUUUCAAUUUGCUGGUGUUGAUGAUCAAAAGGAGAACUGGAGAUUUGUAGAUACCUCAAUAAUGGAAAGUUUCCCACCUGAUUCCGAUCAGCAACAAGCUCUCAUCACAGCUAUCCAAAAUUUUGAUGGGUACAACUGGGGGUACAACCCUGUUCUUUGGGGGGUUCCUAAAGGCAGUUAUGCAAGUAAUCCGAAUGGUCCAUACCGAACAAUUGAGUUCCGAAAGAUGGUUAAGGCUCUUAACCAUAUUGGCCUCCGGGUUGUAUUGGAUGUUGUCUACAAUCAUUUGCAAGGAAGUGGGCCUUUUGACCAACAUUCUGUCCUUGAUAAGAUUGUUCCAGGUUACUAUUUAAGAAGGAAUAGGGAUGGAUUCAUUGAGAACAGUACUUGUAUAAAUAACACUGCUAGUGAGCACUUUAUGGUUGAGCGUUUGAUUCUUGACGACCUUGUACACUGGGCACUCAAUUACAAGAUUGAUGGGUUCAGAUUUGACCUCAUGGGCCACAUAAUGAAGAGAACGAUGGUGCAAGCAAAAACUGCUCUCCAUUGUUUAACAAAAGAAAAGGAUGGAGUAGAUGGUUCAAGUAUCUACAUAUAUGGUGAGGGAUGGGACUUUGGUGAAGUUGCCAAAAAUGGACGUGGGAUUAAUGCUUCUCAGUUCAAUCUCCCAGGAACACAAAUUGGGAGCUUUAAUGAUCGAAUACGCGAUGCCAUACUUGGUGGAUCUCCAUUUGGCGACCCUCUUCAACAGGGUUUUGUGACUGGACUACUCUUGCAGCCUAAUGACCAUGACCAUGGAACAGAAGAAAAUGCGAAAUCCAUGCUUGCUGCAUCAAUGGAUCACAUCCAGAUUGGAAUGGCUGCCAACUUGCAGGAUUUUGUGCUAACCAAUUGUAAAGGGGAAGAGGUAAAAGGGUCAGAAAUAUUAACAUAUGAUGGGACACCUGUUGCAUAUGCCUCAUGCCCCACAGAGACUAUCAAUUAUGUUUCUGCUCAUGACAAUGAAACCCUAUUUGACAUUGUGAGCUUAAAGACCCCAGUGGACAUCAGUGUAACUGAGAGAUGUAGGAUAAACCAUUUGGCAACCAGUAUUGUAGCAUUAUCACAGGGUAUACCAUUUUUUCAUUGUGGAGAUGAGAUACUCCGCUCAAAAUCACUGGACCGAGAUUCAUACAAUUCUGGAGACUGGUUCAACAGACUUGACUUCACAUACAAUAGUAAUAAUUGGGGUGUUGGACUUCCUCCUCAAGAGAAAAAUGAAAAGAACUGGCCACUAAUCAAACCAAGGCUAGCAAACCCAUCCUUCAAGCCUCAGAAGAUUGACAUUCUUGCUACCGUAGACAAUUUCUUGAACCUGCUUCGUAUAAGGUACUCUUCACCACUUUUCCGCUUGAAGACAGCAAAUGCUAUCCAGGAAAUGAUGUUGCGAGAAUUGCUCAAUUAAAGGAUCAUUUUUUCAACCACUUCCAAACCAAAGACCUAGAUCGUUUGAAAUACUUCCUUGGUAUUGAAGUGGCACAAUCAAAAGAAGGAGUCAUCAUUUCACAAAGAAAAUAUGCCCUUGAUAUUUUGGAGGAAACAGGUCUAAGAGAUUGCAAGUCCAUUUAAUAGUCCUAUGGACUCAAAUCAAAAAUUAAUGAGAGACCAUGAUGAACCUUUCUCAGAUCCAGAAAGAUACAGAAGGUUGGUUGGAAAACUAAUCUAUCUUACUAUAACAAGACCCAGUGGGAGUUGUGAGCCAAUUUAUGCAAAAUCCUCAUAUUGAUCAUUGAAAUGUCGUGAUCCUUAGAUAUGUAAAAGGGAAUCCAGGAAAUGGACUAUUGUAUGAAAACAAGGGAAGUACUGAGUUAGAAGGAUGUUCUGAUGCAGAUUGGGCUGGUUGUCCGAAUGAUCGAAGAUCUACCACAAAAUAUUGUGUUAUCCUUGGAGAGAACCUUGUAUCGUGGAAAAGCAAGAAACAAACUGUUGUUGCUCGAUCUAGGGUAGAAGCUGAAUACCGAUCUAUGGCCAUAGCUACAUGUGAACUUAUCUGGAUCAAACAACUCCUUCAAGAAUUAAAAUUCUGUGAAAAUAAGCCAAUGAAGUUGUAUUGUGAUAACCAAGUAGCUCUUCACAUUGCCUCCAAUCCAGGGUUCCAUGAGAGAACAAAACAUAUAGAAAUUGAUUGUCAUUUCAUCAUAGUGAAGUUGUUGUCCAAGGAUCUCAUUAUAGAGUUUGUCAAUUCUAAUGAACAAUUUGCAUAUAUUCUGGCUAAGUCUUUAAGAGGGCCUAAGAUUCAGUUUAUAUGUUCCAAACUUCAUACAUAUGAUUUAUAUGCUCCAGCUUGAGAGGAGUGUUGAAAUGUAUUAAUUUUAUAUUGUUUUGUGUGUGUGCAUCCAACUUAAGAGGUGGAGUUAUAUUCUGUCAUGGUAUUCUAUAUGGUAUUCUAUAUAUAUAUAGAAUACCAAAACCUUGUUAGUGUUAAUAAAUGAAUAAAAUGUUUCAGUUAGUUCUGUAAGAUUACUCAAAGAAGCUGAGGGCAGGAGAGAUUAAAUUGAAAUUCCUUAUUUUAAAUCUAGUUAUGGCCAAGCUAUUUUUUUUUUUUUGUAUAUUUGCUUUAACUAGACGUAGCGUCUGAAUUUAUUAUAUUUUUCAUAACUUUCUGUUAAAUAGGGGGUGAUGUGGGUUUAAUAGGUUGGUGUUGAUAACUGAUCUUUGUUGGUGUUGUUAUUGCUCGUGGCUGUAUUUUUAGCAUUAUUUUCAGCUCAGACCUGUGACUAUUUCCACCUUAAAUGAAACCUUUUUACUUUAAAAACUGAACACAUUUUGCCUCAGACAAUUUCAAAUAUUCACAUAUUCCUCGAAGUGAUGCAUGAUUAUUUUGGUUAUUUAACAUGCCUAAAAUUGUUCAAACUCUUGGAUGGUACGACUAUAAGCUUCUAUUUCCUUCCAUAACUACUCAUUUACUUUGACGAAGAUGACAGGAAAAAGAAUAUUCUACACAAUUUUAUCGUAUAUUUUCUAUAAUCAUAUUAGUAUUGGCCUCACCAUCAUCAUUAAUCUCACUAGUAUCAGGCUUUCACAUCUUGAUAUUUUAAAACCUUACACAUUUUUUGUCUCUCAUGGAUGAGUUGAGCCUGUGAUUUCUUUUAUUUGGAUCAUAAUUUCUACGUCCCUCAGUUUGCUUGUAUCUGACAAGAGACAACUCAUGCAUAAAGCAUGUAAUGAUGGUACACAAGUAAGCUUUUAUCUGUCAUAU